AUAACGGAAGUGGUUCUGCCCUGAGAUAUACACGCCGAGCGCGACUGGAGGACGGAAGCAUUAAAACGUCUAACAGAGAGUUGAGAAUAAUCAGGAUUAAAAGUCGCCAAUAUUUCUCGAAAUGGAUAAGAACGACCUGGUACAAAAUGCCAAGCUUGCCGAGCAGGCUGAGCGUUAUGAUGAUAUGGCAGCUGCCAUGAAGAGUGUGACAGAGCAAAGCACAGAGCUGUCAAAUGAGGAGCGCAAUCUUCUCUCUGUUGCCUACAAGAAUGUGGUCGGGGCGCGCCGCUCAUCCUGGCGCGUCAUCUCCAGCAUUGAGCAGAAGAUUGAAGGCAAUGACAAGAAGAAGCAGAUGGCUCGCGAGUAUCGGGAGAAGAUCGAAUCUGAGCUGCAGGAAAUCUGCCAUGAUGUGCUGGGGCUACUGGACAAGUACCUUAUUGUUAAUGCAGGAAGUUCCGAAGGCAAGGUGUUCUAUCUGAAAAUGAAGGGCGACUAUUAUAGAUACCUGUCUGAGGUUGCAUCCGGAGAUGCUAAGAAGGAUACCGUGGAUAAUUCCCAGCAAGCGUACCAGCAGGCUUUCGACAUUAGCAAGGGGGAUAUGCAGCCAACACACCCCAUUAGGCUUGGACUGGCCCUCAACUUCUCUGUAUUCUAUUAUGAGAUCCAGAACAACCCAGAAAAGGCCUGCAGUCUGGCAAAGACGGCAUUUGAUGAAGCCAUCGCUGAGCUCGACACUUUGAACGAGGACUCUUAUAAAGACAGCACCCUGAUCAUGCAGCUCCUAAGGGACAACUUGACUCUGUGGACAUCAGAAAACCAGGGUGACGAAGGGGAGACCGGAGAAGGGGAAAACUAAAGGAAAUUGCACUGUUAAUCCACCUACACUCUUAUCUUAAAACACAAGACAGCUUAUAUACAUCCCCCCCCCUCCUCCCUCAACUCCAUCAGCCCCUCCCUCUUCUGUAUGACAAGCAGCCUGAAUUGCUCCUGACCAACUAGUUUACCCCUCUCAGGUCACUGUGAGGCGACAGGGUCAUUUUCAGUUGUUAGUACGUUCAGUCACUUUGUAGAAACGUGUCUUGUUUUCGUUAGCUCUGUGUGUAUGUCUGCAC